AGUCUGGCCCGCUCCACCCCCCAUGGCGCCGCCGCCCCGAGGUCGUCUCCUCCGUCUCCCCCCGUAAUGGCGGCCACCUCCACCUCGGCCUCCUCCCCCGCCGCCGCCGACGACGACCUCCACGCAUUCCUCCGCGGCGGCCUGCGCACCCGCGGGGCCGUGCUGCGCGCGCACGCCUUCCUCCUCCGCCGCGGCCUCCUCCUCGGCCACCCGGUCCCCUCGGGCCUCCUCCUCUCCGCCGCGGCGGCCACCACCACCGCCACCCACCUCCUCCGCCUCCUCCUCCGCCACCUCCCGCCACCCCUCCCGCUCUUCUCCCUCUCGGCCGCCCUCCGCGCCGCCGCCCCGCGCGUGCCCUUCUCCGCGCUGCUCUCCCUCUUCGCCCACCUCCUCCGCGCCCACCCCGCCUCCGGCUUCCCCGACGCCUUCGCCUUCCCGCCGCUCCUCUCCGCGGCCGCCUCCGCGCGCUCCCCGCGCCGCCACCUCCCCGCCGCGCUCGCCCUCCACGCGCAGCUGCUCCGCCGCGGCCUGCUCUUCGCGCUGCCGCCCCACGCCGCCAACGCGCUCCUCCAUUUCUACGCCGCCGCCGGCAGCCUCCCCUCCGCGCGCCACCUGUUCGACGAAAUGCCCUCCAGGGACAUCGCGUCCCACAACACCAUGAUGACGGCCCACGCCGCUGCUCUGGGCGGCGGGGUUGACGCCGCGCGCCAGCUGUUCGACGGAAUGCUCCUCAGGAACGUCGUGUCCUGGAACGUCAUGAUCAACGGGUAUGUGAAGGCCAAGCGGCCCCAGCAGGCGCUGGAGGUGGUGCGGUGGAUGGCGGGGGUCGGGGUCAGGGGCACCGCCACGACGAUGGUCGGGGCGGCCACCGCGUGCGCCAGGCUGGGGAGGCUGGGGCCCGGGAGGGAGGUGCAUUGUGCGUUCUUGCGCCGCUUUGAGGAGGACAACCUCUUGUUCUGGACCUCGCUGGUUGAUAUGUAUGGCAAGUGCCGGAGGGUGGCGGCCGCGAGGAAGGUGUUUGAUCGGCUUAACGUCCGCAAUGUCGUUUGCUGGAAUGCAAUGAUCAUCGGGCAUUGCGUGUAUGGCGAACCCAGUGAUGGGCUUCAGCUGUUCCAAGAGAUGAUUGGACGAGGGAAGAACGGUUCAGAUGACCAAUGGGUUCUCGGACCAGAUGAAGUGACUUUCAUUGGUGUACUAUGCGCGUGUACCCGUCUAGGUCUCCUGGAUGCUGGGAAGGCAUAUUUCAACCAGAUGACCACGACGUACAGUCUCAGGCCAACAUUCGCGCACUAUUGGUGCAUGGCGAAUCUGUAUGGGAGUGUUGGCCUUCUGGAAGAAGCAGAGGGCCUCUUGAGGAGCGUGCCAGAGGAGCUGAAGGCACGUGCAUUGGGCGGUUUGCUCGGGUUGUGCCGGUUCAGAGGGGAAUGGAAACUUGGGGAACGUAUAGCCCUCAGGUUGAUCGAGCUGGAACCAAGCAACUGUGCUCACUAUGCUCUGUUAUGCAGUGUAUAUGCUUCGGCGGGAAGAUGGGAAGAUGCUCACAGGGUGAAGGCUAUCAUAAAGGAAAGCGAUGAGAGGUUCAGUCCUGGACACCGUCUGGUGGAUCUAAAUGAGAUCGCAAAUGAAUUUAAAAUUAGGGAGAGGCAACCUGAGAAUCAGGAAAUAUAUGUUAUCCUGGAUGACUUGGUGUCAAAGCUGCAGUUUACAAGCAGAGAAGAUGCGCACACCGAACCAGGGAUAAAAUAGUGCAGUGUACACUCACAGACCAUUUCCGAGCUGCACGGGUUUUGAGCAGGCAGGCAGGAGGCAGCUAGCCAGAACAGUAGGCUAUGUUGUGACCCCACAUGUAAGACACAGGGUUGCAAGAAGUGUAUUCCCCAGGUGUAUUUUUGCUAAGCCAUUUAAGAUUCUCUUGGGUCAGAAAUGUUUGAGAUGAUACAUUGCAUAUACAGAUGCAUACAAGUGACAAUCCACAUACAGUCCAUAAACUCAGGAUGCCCUAUUCUUCAUGGAAAUUCUCUGACAGCAUGGUUCUGCCUGGGAGGAUAAUGAGAUCGAGCUCUUGAGAUAUAUUACCAAAAGGACCGUGUUGCCGCAUCUCUGCUGGUUCGUGUGGAUGGGAAGUACAAGUUCCGGUAUACUGUGGAUGGAGGCAACAGAGCUGAAGGGCUGGCCUGUAGUUAUUUGGUGAGAGGACAAAAUAUUGGUCAUACAUUUGGCAUAGGAUGAAGGUUGCAACCAUGAAAUUUUCUUUUGCUUUUCUCCCAUACUGACAAUGACCAGAAUCGGCGCAAGGCAAGUUUAAGAGAAGCCAAGUCCAGUGUAGAGUUUCUUACCCUUUUUUCUUACACCUUUAUAUGGUCAGCCUGUCAGGCCAAUGUCUCCUGAUGAAACUUUGAUAAUGAUGCCAUUCGAGUUUUUGGUCAUACUUUUGGCAUAAGAUGAAGGGUGCGGCUAUGGGAUUUUCUUUCGCCUUUUGCCUGCACUGACAGUUGACCGUAAUUGGCACAAGGCAAGUCUAAGAGAAGCCAAGUCUUGCGUAGAGUUUCUGUUUUUUCCCGUACACUUUCUUGUGGUCAGCCGGUCAGGCCAAUGUCUCCUGAUUAAAAUUUGAUAUUGAUGCCAUUCAAGCCAUUGUUGUAGAAGUAGAAAUAACUGAAGAAAUGGAUUCUUUAUAGUUC